ACUGUCAGGCCUUUCUGAUUCAGCUGCCAUCAUGCCUUCACACAUCGCUGCCAGCAUGUUCGGUGGAGCCGGGGGAAGGGGGUCCAGGGCGUCCGUGGGGAGCCUAGGGGGGCUGCGUAAUGCGCUGCGCAAUGAGCCAGACAGAGGCUCCGCUUCCACCGCGCACACCGCGCACACCGCUCUGGCAACACCUACCGCUCCCGAGGACGACAGGCAGACACUGCGACUUCUGAAUGAUCGGCUGUCCGGUUACCUGGGCAAGGUGAAGCAGCUGCAGGAGGAGAACGACAACCUGGAGAAACAGAUUGAUGAGAUUUUGACCAAGAGGAAAACGCCUGAGGGAAGAGACUGGGAUGCGAUGGAGAAGCCCCUGGAUGACCUCAAGAAGCAGGUCAAAGGCAUCACUAUGGACAAUGCCAAGCUGCUGCUGCAGAUUGACAACACCACACUGGCCAAUGAUGACUUGAAGAAAAAGCUGGGUGAUGAGAAAAAGGCAGGCAAAGAAUUAGAAAAAGAUCUGGAGGCUCUGAAGAAGAGCAUUGGGGACACCAAGCUGAACCAAGAGCAGACAAAGAAACAGAUUGGUUUGGUGAAGGAGGAGCUUGAUCGCCUCCAGCAGGAACACAAGGAUGAGGUGGACGUCCUGUAUGAAAAGAUCCAGGACUCCGAGGUGAAGGUGGAGAUUGAUUCCCAGGACUCCAACCUGACAGAGAUACUGAACAAGAUCCGCAGCCAGUACAGUAACCUAGGCAAGACAAACCUGAAGGAGACAGAGGAGAAAUACCAGAGCAAGUUUGACAACAUUAAGGUGGCAGAGGCCCGGAACGCUGAAGUCUUGCAGACUGGAACGACAGAGCUCAAGGAUUUGUUUAAACAGAGACAAACUCUGGAUGUUAAGAUCCACAGUGUGCACAGCAUGACAAAAGUAGGAAGAGAUUUCAGGAUAGGAUCGGAGGAAGCCCUGAGGGGCACCAGAGUGGAGUAUGGCCAACAACUGGCGCCCCUCAACCAGGUGGUGCUGGAGCUGGAGGCAGAGCUGAGGAAGGUGAGGUCACAGGUAGAGCACCAGGUGGAAACCAACAGAGACCUGCUGUGUGUCAAGAUGAAGCUGGAGGAGGAAGUCAGUAACUACCAGCACCUGAUUCACGGCAUAACAACUGGUGCUGACAGCCUGGAGUUUUCUUUAGAGGAUGCAGAGCUCAGGGUCUAGCAAAAGCCGGUGCUCGAACAGCAGCAAGAAGCGAAAACUAAGUCCAGCACUGAGAAGCAGACAUCCUCAUCCUCCAGGUCUGAGAAUGAAGAUGAACAGAUUGAGGGUGAAGUGGCUGAAGCUUGAACUCAAAGCCCUUUUCUGCUGUUCUUUUCUGUCACUGAGUUGAUAUAUCAAACAUACAACAUAUCAUAACUUUCUGUUGCCAUCACACCUGUAACUCCGCUGUGGAGUUAAGGUGC